CGACAGAUGCUUCCUGCACAUGGCAGAGUCGGCCAAACAAGCAGCCACGGCCCUGCCCUCACCGGGCUCAAGGCUCAGCUCCAGAGACAAACAUCAAGCAGCAAAUAAUAAAAAACAACCCGGCGUCGCGGUAACAAGUCCAGGUGCCUCGGCGGCCUUCCAGGCCCAGCGGGAAGGCUCGGCCAGGCCUACGCAUGAGCAGCGCCCUCAGCCACCAACCAGGACUACAACUCCCGCCGUGCCCCGCGCGCCCGCCGCCCCACCCCCUGCCGCGCCGCGUGUCUCCCGGAAGUGGAGCCCCGGGUGGGGGGCGUCUCCGACCUUUGCGCGGCGGCGGCGGGAGCCGGGAGUCAGAUGCGGUCGAGCGACGCCGGAGAUGGCUUCGGCUGGAGGCGGCGACUGCGAGGGCGCCGGGCCCGAGGCGGACCGCCCUCACCAGCGGCCCUUCUUGAUCGGCGUGAGCGGCGGCACCGCGAGCGGCAAGUCCACUGUGUGCGAGAAGAUCAUGGAGCUGCUGGGACAGAAUGAAGUGGAUCACCGGCAGCGCAAGCUGGUCAUCUUGAGCCAAGACAGGUUCUAUAAGGUCCUGACCGCGGAGCAGAAGGCCAAGGCCUUGAAGGGACAGUACAACUUCGACCACCCAGAUGCUUUUGAUAACGAUUUGAUGCACAGGACUCUGAAAAACAUCGUGGAGGGCAAAACGGUCGAGGUCCCCACCUAUGAUUUUGUGACACACUCAAGGCUCGCGGACACCACGGUGGUCUACCCCGCAGACGUGGUCCUGUUUGAGGGCAUCCUGGUCUUCUACAGCCAGGAGAUCCGGGACAUGUUCCACCUGCGCCUCUUCGUGGACACCGACUCCGACGUCAGGCUGUCUCGGAGAGUUCUCCGGGACGUGCAGCGGGGCCGGGACCUAGAGCAGAUCCUGACGCAGUACACCACCUUCGUCAAGCCGGCCUUCGAGGAGUUCUGCCUGCCGACAAAGAAGUACGCAGAUGUGAUCAUCCCUCGAGGGGUUGACAACAUGGUGGCCAUCAACCUCAUCGUGCAGCACAUCCAGGACAUCCUCAACGGCGACAUCUGCAAGUGGCACCGCGCGGGGGCCAACGGGCGCAGCCACAAGAGGACGUUCCCGGAGCCGGGGGAGCACCCCGCGGUGCUGGCCUCGGGCAAGCGCUCGCACCUGGAGUCCAGCAGCAGGCCCCACUGAGGAGCGGGCUGCUCGGCACCCGGCGGGCCCAGAGAGGCCCGCCUGCCCCGAAACAUGCGGCCAUUGACGGGGCGCUGUCGGGGUCCCGGCUAACUCGGGAGACCAGGACGAGUCAUCCAGACGGUAUGACAGGUUCUCUGUCGGCGGCCCUGACCUCCUCUCCCACUUCCUCAUGUCACGGGGGCUGGAAGCGCUCUUCGCUGCUGAGAAAGACCACAGAACGUGCGGUACACGAGGCCCGUGUUUGGGAGAACAGCCUGGUCGCUGUGAUUUUGACGGUGAACCUCCGGCAAGAGAGACUAGUGUGACCUGGUUCACUCAUGUGUAACUGGAACCCAAGUUUGAAGAUAACCCUCUUCCGUUUUACUUGUUAUGUACAACCACAUGUUUUCUGUUUACUCUGGUUUCCUAACACCAUGCUCGCUGUGACCUAGUAACCCAACUUCACGACCCACCAGUGGGUCGUGAUCCUGGUACACACUGAUCUGGUACGCAAGGAGCCACGGAGAGGUGUCCUUCCUUCUGGCCUAUGCUCCAAAGGCAGAGCCAGGAGGGAGCCCUGGGGAGCAAGCUUCUCCUUAACCAGCACCAGGCGCACAGCCAGGGUCCCUGGCCCAGCCCUGCCUGCUUUCCUGUGAGCAGUGUCCCGCUUGGCCCCCCAGAGCCCAGGCUGCCAUCUGGACAGGGCUUUCCUGGUGUCGCUCAUGGCCAAGGCGUGUGUAGACCGGGCAGCGUGAGCAGAUGCUGUGGCCCAAAGUGGCCAGUCCCCUGCGCUUGCCCAGUGACCUUGCCUCCCAGACACUAGUGGUCUUGUCCUGGUUUGUCCCCCCUUCCAUGUGGCAGCUGUUACUGUAAAAGUGGUCCCUCCCCUUUGCGGCCAGCUUUCGAGUUCUAACUAGUUACACAGGGACGUCGGGCGAGCUUGGCUGAGCUCGAGGGCUGGUUUCUGAUGACUGACGGUUUUGUCAAGCUCACUGUUCUUUUUGGAGAGAGAACCAAUAAAUAACACCAAAUGUGAA